GAGGAAACCAUUACAAUUUACAUGAUAUGAACACUGGGCUAACAAAUCUGAAUUUAGACAUCAGAUGGACAAAAUCAAGAGUGUGCCGUGCAGGCUAUGCUCUAGCUGAACGCUGAGUUUCCAAGUCUUCAAGGAACCCAUUUUCACCCUGCCGCUAGCUCUGUACGUGCCUCCCACACGUGCGCGUUGAUUCUCAAGUGCCUGCUCCACUCAAAACAUACUGCGUAUCUUGCCUUGACGCUGACUCAUGCCUCGCAAGAAGCACCGAUUUCACUUCGCUCUCAUGCUCUCACCUAAGCAAGAAACUCGCAAUACCUCCGUCCAUGACUGCCACAUCUACCACACCGUCAACACCAUCCAAUCAGGCGUCAAAUUCAAUCUCAACGGCAUGCCAGAAUGGCGGUAUGAACACAAAGUCGUGAAUGGUCUUAGAGAAGGUACAGUCAUAGGGAGGGUGCUCAUCGCAAAGCUGCCUGCACACGAACCGUUGGUCACGCAGGCAGGUUGCAUACAUGAUAUCCUCGUGCGAGUACCGUUCGUGCAGAAUGAUGCACAGUGGAAUUGCCUACUGCUCUACGAGCUAACGGGGGCGACUUUAGCACAACCCCGGAGAUUAUGAAUGGAGGCCAGACGGAGGGCGAAAUAAGGUCGUUCGGCGACGAGGCCAAGGAUAGUGUUUUGAAGGGGUCAGGCCCGCUGCUUGGCUGCGCUAGCGAUCUGCCGCAUAUCGAUAUGAGAGUUCGUCAAAAAUGAGGAGCGCCAGGUACAAGCACAAGAAGAUGUGUGCCCGCUUGUACACGUGCUUGUUGUAAGAUGACGAUGUCCACCGUGUGGAUAGCGCACACUGUUUAAUGACUUCGAGCCGACUCAAUCUACCUGGCAAGGAGUUAUGUAUCAUGGUCGUUUUCCGUUGUACUUUCGCUGGAGGAUUUAUAACAUAUAUUCCACCUUUACCGUCUGCAACUUCUACCAUUCUAUUCAGAUAUCUAGUCGACGACUAUGUUUGGGCUAUGUAUCACUCAAUGUGAGGUCGUACCGACUCAGACUCCC